CAGAAAUAAAAGGAACCAAGUCUGAAACACAAUGAUUGAUUAAUCACUUAUAAGCCUUCCAAACUCACUUUUUCUAGUUUUCCCCUUCUUCUAGCCGAGAGCUCAAUACACAGAGAGAGAGAUAGAUCCAUGGAGGGUCUUCAAAGAUCAACCAUCUCGUUCCGCCGUCAAGGAUCUUCCGGCAUAGUUUUUGACGAUCGUCUCAUCGCCGAGCUUAACAAAUCUGGCGGCAACGAGCAGAAAGAAGACGAAAGUCAACGCGACGAACAACCUAAACCGGUGUCUGAAACCUCGGACCAGGCGAAACCAAUCGCCGGCGGCGAGGAGAAAGACAUCAAGCUAAAGCCUAUUAAAACCGGUGGAGGAGGAAUCGAGAGGAGUCGAUCUAACGGUGGAGGAGCUCAACGACAUCACAGAACAACCGGAAGAGUGUCUCCGGCUGUAGACCCGCCGUCUCCGAGAAUAUCUUCAUGCGGUUGUUGCUCUGCUUUUGCUAAGAAUCCGCCGGGGAAGAAGGUUAAUCCAAGGAAAAGGCCGCCGAAACGUAGAUCGAUGGAGGUAGGCAUCAGGAUUUAAUCAACUCAAGAGAAAGAAAAACAUACUAGUAUACACUCGUGCUCUUUGAUUCUUCUUUUGUUUUUUUUUUAUUUUGUUUUUGUAUGUUGUGUGUGCUGCUCUGUUAUAAAACUUUCCGAUUUGAUCAAAACAGACUUUGGUUUGUUGUAAAUUACUAUCUCUCUUUCUUUCUU